AUGCCAGUUCUCCCCAACGAAACUCCUCGCGAAAGACUCAACUCUCCAACCUCAACCAGUGUAACCAUUACUUCACCCAUUCCAUUAUCCGAAACUAAUCAAGGUGAUGAACCUAUUCGAAAGAAAAGUGUCCUAAUUGAUGAUGGCACCAUUACCGUUAUCAACGCUCAAGAAUCCAGAAUUCAAACCCUAAAACGAAAAUAUUCCAUAACUUCUGCAAAAACCAAGACUACCUCCAACACGUCAAAAUCUCAAUCCAUUGUAAAUGUCAAAUCAUGUUGUGGAACUUUUGCUUUCAAUUGCAUGAGAAUUGUCUCUAUAUUGGGAAUGUUCUUGAUUAUUGCUUCAUUUCUUGCCAUUUUCAUAACAACAAUUUAUAACUAUGAUAUUGUAAAGUGGCCACUUGUCGAAAUUUUACAACAUUACGGGAAUUCCUACAAGUAUUACAAUACAAUGAUCAUGACAGAGUAUAUAGCAGUGUAUGGAAGGAAUGAAAGUUAUGCAUUGGAAUAUUAUGCUGCUAAGAAAUCAUUAAUUUCGACCAUGAAUCGAUUAUUUUCAUUGGUGCCAAGUGCUAGUUUGGGAAAUUUGACACGUGACGCGAAUGAAAUACCUCUUUUUAAAUUACAGGAACAGGUUGUGGAAUAUGUAGUGGCGAAGAAUUAUUCAGCUGCAUUGACUGCCUUUUAUAAUCCAACUCAUUACAAUGGAAUGUACACUUUUCUAAAUACAUAUGUGAAUUUUGUGGGUGAUAUCAAGAAUUUGAGUGUAAUUCAGCUAAAUGCGAUGGAAACUGCCACGACAACUGACUUGACAGUUAUUGCAGUUUGUUUAUCAGUGGCAAUUCCAUUGGUUGUCUUGAUUUUUAUUCAUGCUAUUAAGGUUGAACAUGAUUCGGCUAAGAAAUUGGAACAUGCCAAGGCAAUUAUGGUCAUUCAGACAAUUGCAGAUCCAUUUAUGAGACCCUUAUUUGGUGAAUAUUGUAAGGGAGAUUCACUUUCGAAUAGAUUUCACUUUCUUGAACAAGUUCAGAUAUUUAAGGAACAUAAGAAAUCAUUACAUUCGACUAUCAAGUCAAUUCUGGAAGAUAUGAAAAACUUUUCCAAUGAGAGAAAUAACAACAGCAGUUUACUCAAUUGCUCCACUGCUAAUUCACCUUCUCAGGAAGAUGAUGAACAGAGUGAGAUUUUGACAUUUUCCAGUGAUUUAUUGUCACUGAAUUCGUUCAAGUUGAAUGAUAGUGAAGAUAGACAAGCAAUGGAAAUAUAUAAUCAAUUCUUGGAUACUGAACUUGCCAGAAAUCAUGUCAAGUAUUCGAAACAUGAAGAAAUUAAGAAGGAAAUUGAAAGAUAUCAAGUUAAGAUAUCGAUUGGUGACUCUGAAGGUGAUUUGACAAAUAUUUUCGAUGAAGCUCAAAUUCAAAUUGGAAAGAAAUUGAUCAACUGCCAUGAAACGUUCAAGAAUUCAUUGAAUUUCCCAAACCAAUCCAAAUCUGACAUGUUGGAUUCUUUCAGAGUUGAAUAUUUAAAGUUGAUGAAAAAGGUGGAAAAUCCUCAAAAGAAUAGCUUUAGAAAUAUCGAUCAAUUUAAAUAA